AUGAAGGAGCCAUUCUACAUUGUUGCAACCUUGCAACCCGUUCCGGGAAAGGCUCAAGAGGUGAUUGAAGCCAUCCAGCCACUGACCGAAUACGUCAAGGCCAACGAGCCAGGCUGUCUGCAAUACGAGAUGUUCCAGCCCGCCGGUGCCGAGGGCAAUGGACCCGUUGUCUUCAUCGAAUUGUGA